AUUGUGUCAAUGUACGCGUCAUGCACUUGAUACUCAAACUAUACAGAUAUCGGAUAGCUGCAUAAUACAAUAUUUGUUUGUUCCUGAUUCUUGUUAUUGUUAUUUUUAAUAUUUUAGUCAAUAAUUAGAGCAUUCGCGUUCCGUUUGUCCGAAAGUCAGAACGUAUCCUGAUUUAGUCUGAAGCCGCCCUUGGUAGGAGUUGCACGCGUUACGUGAGCGACGACGAAAAUUAUCAUCGAGAGUUCGAAUUUUAAAAAAUUAAAAAUGUUGAGUUAACGUUAUUGUGGACAUUACUGUGUACAUCUGUGAAGUACUUGGAAUUUGGACGAAAUUAAUUUCACUAUAAUAUAAAUUAUUUGACAGGACCAACCGUACGUUAUGGCUUUCUGGAAGAUAUUCACAAUUAUAUGUGCUGUUUCCGUCUACGCAGAAUCAAAGUGGGACUAUCGUCAUAAGCGUGAUGACCAUACAUCUAUAUGCGAUCCAGUACAAAAUACUACAAAUAAGGUGCAAUGUUACUGUGGUCGUUUAAGCCAUCAUCCAGACCAAAUAGGCACCGCUGAAUGUUACCAGACCGCAAACAAUCUAAAUUUAGAUGACCCCAGUUGGGAAAAAUUCAAAAUAUUGCAAAACGUCAGUAGAUUAACACUGACAAACACAAGAGGGAUAGCUAUGAACUACAUUCCCACUAAUGCCCUUAAAUAUACCAAAGCUAUACUGAGAUUAGAUGUCAAAUAUUGUACUAUAGAGAAUUUACACUCAUAUGCUUUUGCUAAUUUAAGCUUGGUGGAAGAAUUGACGCUAAGAGAUAAUCAAAUAAAAAUUAUGGCAGUAAACGCAUUUUCUCAUCAUGCACGACUAAAAACUAUAAGUUUGGAUCAAAAUAAUAUUGCAGAAAUAAACAGAAACGUAUUUGUAGAUUUACCAUCAUUGGAACAAUUAUUUUUGACAGCAAAUAAAAUAACCACUAUUCAUGAUAAAGCAUUUGUACAUUUGGCAAAUCUCAAAGAAAUUGAAAUAGAUAAAAAUAAAAUUUUUAGCCUUAAUAGUGAAACUUUUUCUGGUUUGAGAAAUCUAGAGAAACUAGAAUUAAGCUAUAAUAAUCUAGAAGUCGUAGGAGACAACACAUUUGCACCUCUAGUCAACCUCCGAUUUUUGAAUUUAGGCUACAACAAAAUACAGAUGUUGGAUGAGAAAGCAUUCAAUGGAUUAUCGAGGUUACAAGUUUUAUCUUUAGAAAAUAAUAAGCUAACUGCUCUUGAAAAUGAAAAAGUUUUCGAAGGAUUACAAAGUCUUACAUCACUAAGUUUGAAAGACAAUGAAAUAAAAAAUAUUUCACAAGAAGUUAUUUUACCUAUAUUAAGCAAUUUUUAUGGAAAAACUUCUUUAUUAAAUAUAGACGGAAAUACAUUGGAUUGCAACUGUCAGAUCGAUGUUUUUAAGCCAAUAAUAAAUAAAACUCAAAAUGUGCGCUUAAGCAUUGAUAUUCAAAAUUUGCAAUGUCGUCCAAAUGAUGAAAUCAAACGUAAAUGGGAUAAAUUACAAGAAAUCGCGAAAAAUUCGGGACAAAUUUUCGAUGACGCCGAACCGCAAGGAGAGAGUGCUGCUUACGAAUAUUAUGAUGAAACCGAAUUGAACGGUACUUUAUUUUAUUUUGAUAUGAGAACAAUCUUGAAUUGUUCCGGCGAAGACACAACGACACCUAAUGUACCUGAAACUAGUUUUACACCAGCCGCUACAAGCAAAUUAUCUUCUAUUAAUAAUGUAUUUACCAAAACAACUACUAGUCCUAUUUUGAACUUUGCAUCAACAACAAUUAAACCUAUCGCAAAGAAACAUCUACCUAUUGAGGUGAACAGCAAAGAUACACUAGACUUAUCUGCUGCUGAGACUACGACUGAAUCUCUUAAAAUAAAAGAUAGAAAUAUUCAUACUGAUGACAAUAACAUAGUAGAUAUUGACAGUAUUAAAAUAGCAGGACAAAAAUCGGAACAUGAUGAUAAACACGAGACCAGAAAUGAUAAAAAGGAAAAUGUAUAUACAACAACUCGCCUUGCUACUGUGUCAGCGAAACCCAUAGAAAAUAAACAAUAUGAGGACAUGGCUUCCGAUGAGGCUAAACCAGAUAGGUUAAAAUCACAUAGAAGUAUUGAAGAACCAAGUGAAGAUCCAUCUAAGUUCAAUAAUAACAAUGCACAUAAACAAGACAUUUAUAUGAUGUUUCUAGUAUCAAUAAUAUUUAAUUUAGGAUUAUUUUUGUAACUAGACAUUAAUAUUUUUAAGUCAUAGAGUCUACUUCUCAAAUUAUCUCACAGUCAGUAAAAUAAAUAAGUUAAGAUCAUAUUUGACUAUUUUGAUUCAAUUAAAAUGAUAAGUAAUUG